AUGUCCCACAUCUUCAUCAACGCCAUCAUCCUGGGCUACUGCAUCCUCUACAUCGGCGACUGGGGCUGGUCCAAGGUCAAAUGGUCCAUCGACAUGGAGAACUUCCCCAUCAGCCUCGGCGUCAUCGUCUUCUCCUACACCUCCCAAAUCUUUCUGCCCACGCUGGAAGGCAACAUGGAGGAUCCCAGCAAGUUCCAGUGGAUGCUGGACUGGUCCCACGUGUGGGCUGCGGUCUUCAAGGCUGCUUUCGGUUACGUCUGCUUCUUGACCUUCCAGAACGACACGCAGCAAGUCAUCACCAACAAUCUACCGUCAGCAGGCUUCAAAGGGCUCGUCAACAUCUGCUUGGUGGUUAAAGCGCUGCUGAGCUAUCCUCUGCCUUACUACGCGGCUUGCGAGCUUCUGGAAAGAGCUUUCUUCAAGGGCAAACCGAAAACACCCUUCCCCUCGAUUUGGGCGCAAGAUGGGGAAUUGAAGGUCUGGGGAUUGGCUUGGAGGAUCGGGGUGAUUGUUUUCACCAUUCUGAUGGCUUGCUUCAUACCGCAUUUCUCUAUACUGAUGGGGUUUAUUGGGAGCUUCACGGGUACGAUGCUCAGCUUCAUUUGGCCCUGUUAUUUCCAUUUGAAGCUGAAGAGGAGCACCAUGGACUCCAAGACUAUCGCUCUAGAUUAUUUCAUUAUUUUCCUGGGGUUCUUGUUCGGGAUCAUUGGUAUUUUCGAUUCUGGAAAUGCUCUCAUCAAAGCCUUCGCUAUCGGUCUUCCAUUUUGAAGGGUCAGAGUGGUUCAUGCAGAGCUUUAGAUGUUAGGAACUGGUUACAGUUACAUCUUCCUUAUUGCGAUUUUUAUAUCAUGAAUUAAACCAAUUUCCAUAAUUUACUUCAAGAACGAUUAACGAAGUCUGUGUACAACAGAAGACAGAAAAGUCAGAAAACUGACACUGCUUGCAUCCAUAGACUUGCUAAAUUCAACAGUAAUUUCCACCAAGGUCACGUACUUUGCGCGGAUUGGUGAAUUUGAUCAGUUGAAAAAUCAUUUGAUGAAGAUUCAUCAGUUGGUGAAUUCAUCAACACAGUAAUCUUUUUGAUUGCGAUUGCUGAUGGAUGUAGUAGGAACCAAGGCAACAUGUGGGUAUGAUGAGGACAUCAAAACUAAAAUAGGUGCUCACCCUCCUCAGUAUCACAGUCUUACUCCACACCUCUCAAAUAGUUCGUUUUGUGGAUAGUAGGGAAGAAAGUAGGUCAUGGAUAGUAAAUUUUGAACCUUCGCUUAAAAAUAAUACCGUCACCAACCCGAAAUUUAACGACAUGCCUUUAUCGUGAACGAGUUUGCAAUAUGACUUAUCGAAAAUCCCGUGCUACCCACAGUACUUCAUAAUUUAAGCGGCUACGAUAGUCACUUUCUGAUAAGGAAAAUCGCUAAUAAGAAACAUGUUAUGGUUGAGGUUGAAAGCUUGUCUGAAAGUAUUUCAGUGCAAAAGAUGAUAAAAUAUCAUGAAGCAUAGCAUUGAUUUCAAUUGGCGCGAAAUUUAUCUACAUGUGUAAUGAUCCUUAGAAGCGCAAUAAAAACGAUCCACUCCACGAUUUGAAUAAAU